UUAAUAUGGUGCUGGGACAGGAUUGCAUGAAUGAUCUCUUGGCUUGCAUAGUAGAAUUAGUUCCACGGGACGGAGCGGGAAAAUCCGAAUUUUGUGCUCUAGUUUGUUUCCGGUCAAUCUUCUACCCUAAGGACUCGAUGUGAAAUCAUCAAAUUUACCAAUUCUAGCCAGCGAUCGUCGUUAAGACCAGACCUGCGCUAUCUCUAACCCAUACUUGAAGGUUGAAACAAGAAGUAUUCACUGCUGCAUUUCUACAAUUUGAUUCGGCCAUCAUUUUCAGCAAUCACCAGCAAGCGUCAUGCCACUAACGCGCUGCCGCAGCCAGUUACCGGUGCCACCGCCGUCUCCGGUGCCUACAGCAAAAGGAUCACGGAACGCCGCGAACGAACCCCUGAGGCACUACCUGGACAACACAAUACAGGACCUUCCGGAACUAACGCUGCCGGACGCACACAUGCCGGCAGCUAUGAGAAAUCCAGCCCUGCCGGCGGUGAUCGAUUACCAGAAGCUAAAAGGAGGGACAAUGGACACGGUGUUGAGGAGAUCGGCGAAGGCGUUCGGAGCGUUCGGGAUCUGCGGUCACGGGAUUUCAGGGCAGGAUUUGAGAUUCAUGGUGAAUGAAGCUCGCCGCCUCUUCGAAGACUCCGACGCCCACAGCCACAACAACAAGCGCCACCGUCUUAAAGACACAAUCCCCUGCGUUCGUUCUCGCAAGGGCACACUUGAAUUCACGGCUCCCAAAUUCUUGGAUGAUCACAAACACCGCAAAUUUUGGAUACAAAUGGGGAGCGUGGGAGGGAAACUGGAGGGAAUAGUGGAGCAGGUGAUAAUGGCGCUGUCAGAAGAACUGAAGGGGACGAUGAUGAUGAGGAUGGAAGAGAUGGAGAGCGUGACGUGCGUGUGCAGGUAUCCACACGACGACGAUGAUGAGGGAGAGCAAAACGACACGUUGUGGGAUCAUGCCUUGCGUUUUUACCUUCCCACGGAGCACUGCAUCUUCUACGUCCAAUCCCAAAGAGGUCCACUUUCCUUUGAUGCUGCUCCCCACACCAUUGUUGUCACCCUUGGCAAACAACUUGAGGUAUGCACAUAUCUCAUACUCAUCAAACCCACUCUGCUCUGCUUUAACGAGCCUUUCCUGUAUAUUCCACAUCUAUCUAUCAGCCAUUGCAUUUAG